AUGUCUUUUCGUUCUGUUGCCCGUAUCGAGUUUCUCUCUCGAGCUUCCCCUCUCACUAACAGAGUCCGCUUACGACACUACCCACCAACGCAUCCUGAUAUUCUGGGCCGUGUUAGUCUUAGUUCGAUUUCUCGACCUACGCCAAGCACAUCCUCUUUCACCCCGUCUUCGUCCCCUCCAAGGCAGUCAAGGCUAUCUUCUCCGAGAUCUUCUCGCCCACCAACAUCCCUUUCAACCUCUUUCAUCCGCUAUUGCUCCUACAGAAGACACAACAUGUGCAGAUUAGCUGGUGAUAGCGAGCACUUUGGCGGCGCCAAACCCGACCCCAACGUGGGUCGCGAGCUGCUCCCUACCAACGUUAUUCCCCGCCACUACGAUGUCACUCUCGAACCCGACUUCAAGAAGUUCACCUUCGAGGGAAAGGUUGUGGUCGACUUCGACGUACAAGAAGAUACGCAGUCUAUCUCCCUCCACACCAUCGAGAUCGAUAUCCACAGCGCCCACAUCAAAUCGGGAGGGAGUGUCGUGACAUCCUCUGCAGCCAUCACGUACAAUGAAACAACCCAGGUUUCCAAGAUCGAGUUGAAAGAAACGAUUCCCAAGGGGAAAACACAGCUGGAAAUAAAAUACACCGGUCAACUCAAUGAUUCAAUGGCUGGUUUCUACCGUUCUACUUACAAGAAGCCCGACGGCUCUGAGGGUAUUCUCGCCACAACUCAGAUGGAAGCCAAUGAUUGUCGAAGAGCCUUCCCUUGUUUCGACGAACCCCUUCAUAAAGCCAAUUUUACUGUCACGCUCAUUGCAGACAAGCAUCUGACCUGUUUGAGCAACAUGGACGUGGCUUCCGAAACUGAGGUGCUCUCUGAGAUGAGCGGAACAACAAAGAAAGCCGUCAAGUUUAAUCCAACCCCACUGAUGUCUACAUAUCUGGUAGCUUUCAUUAUUGGUGAGCUCAACUAUAUCGAGACCAAGAAAUUCAGGGUGCCUAUUCGCGUAUAUGCACCCCCGAGCUCCAACAUCGAACACGGACGCUUUUCUCUUGAAUUAGCCGCACGGACGUUGGAGUAUUAUGAGAAGAUAUUUGGCGCCGAAUUUCCUUUACCUAAAAUGGAUAUGGUUGCUAUUCCGGACUUCGCUGCAGGCGCCAUGGAAAACUGGGGCUUGAUUACCUACCGAGUCGUGGAUCUCAUGUUAGAUGAAGCGGCCAGUGGUGCUGCCAUGAAAGAGCGGGUUGCUGAAGUCGUUCAGCAUGAAUUGGCUCACCAGUGGUUCGGAAACCUUGUAACUAUGGACUGGUGGGAGGGUCUGUGGUUGAAUGAAGGGUUUGCAACAUUGAUGAGCUGGCUCAGCUGCAAUCACUUCUACCCAGAAUGGAAAGUCUGGGAGAACUAUGUCGCAGACAAUCUCCAGAGUGCUCUUGGUCUGGAUUCGCUGAGAAGCAGUCAUCCCAUUGAGGUACCUGUCAAGCGUGCAAGCGAAGUUGACCAGAUCUUUGAUGCUAUCUCCUAUUCCAAAGGCUCAUGCGUUCUACGCAUGAUUUCGACGUACUUAGGCGAAGAUGUGUUUUUAGAGGGUGUUCGACGAUAUAUCAAGAAGCACGCUUAUGGUAACACACAAACUGACGAUCUUUGGGCAGCGCUAGAAGACGCCAGUGGUAAACCUGUCCGAGAGAUCAUGUCUAUUUGGACCAAGAACGUUGGUUUCCCAGUUGUUCAAGUGACAGAGAACUCAGCGGAGAGUUCUAUUCUCGUGAAACAAAACCGUUUUCUAAGGACUGGUGACACCAAGCCCGAAGAGGAUAAGGUCUUGUAUCCGGUAUUCCUCGGGCUUCGAACUGAAAAGGGUGUUGAUGAUUCAAUAACUUUGACACAGAGAGAAGGUGUCUACAAAUUGGACAAUUUAGACUUUUUCAAGCUAAAUGCGAACCAUACUAGCAUUUAUCGAACUUCAUACAGUCCUGAACGGCUUGCAAAGCUUGGCCAGGCCGCGAAGGAUGGCAAAUUGACAGUCGAAGACCGUGCCGGCAUGCUCGCAGAUGCUGGUGCUCUCGCAGUGUCGGGUUACCAGAGAACAUCAGGGGUGCUUAAUCUCUUGAAAGGGUUUGAUACUGAGGAGUCCUUCGUGGUAUGGAGCGAAAUUAUUGCCCGCGUUGCAACUGUCCAAUCUGCUUGGAUUUUCGAGGAUCAAGCCGUCAAAGAUGGUCUUGAAGCCUUUAUCAAGCAGCUCACUAGCGAGAGAGCCCACAAACUUGGCUGGACGUUUACAGACAAAGACGGACAUGUGGAACAACAAUUCAAGGCUAUGCUCUUUGGAGCUGCUGGCAUGGCAGGUGACGAGGAAAUCAUUGCUACAGCUAAGAAUAUGUUCAGCAAAUAUAUGGCUGGUGAUAAAUCAGCCGUUCACCCAAAUAUUAGAGGCAGCGUCUUUGGUAUGGCUUUGAAGUAUGGUGGAAAUGAAGAGUACGAUGGCAUUCUUAAAGCAUUUACCAACUCCACCAAUACUGAUGAGCGCAACACAAUCUUACGUUGCCUAGGCCGUGCCAAAGACCCUGAGCUUAUUCAACGAACUCUUGACCUCGCGUUGAGCAAUGAAGUCAAGAGUCAAGACAUAUAUCUUCCCGUCAGUGGUCUUCGUAGUCAUCCCGAGGGUGUAGAAGCGUUGUUCAAAUGGUUGAACGACAAAUGGUCUGAGAUCUCCAAACGUCUCAGCGGUAACCCCCCCAUUCUAGGUUCGAUGGUCACAAUCUGCACGUCAAGUUUUACGAAGCCUGGGCAGCUCAAAGAAGUUGAGCAAUUCUUCAAAGACAUUGAUACCAAGUCAUUUGAUCAGCCAUUGGCACAGAGUAAAGACGCCAUUCGCAGUAAGGUAUCCUGGGUCGAGCGGGAUCGCGAUGAUGUAGCUACGUGGGUGAAGGAAAACGGAUACAAGAAAGCGAGCUUGUAACCUUACUGCCUCUAGGGAAAAGCUUCAUCGGUUUACCCUUGUCACAUUCGACGUGUCGAGGGAAGAUGCAUUAUAUACAUUCUCGUGAGCCACCAAGCUGCAUAUAUAUAAUGAGAAAACUAUAUAACUAGACUAAAUACAAUACAUCUUAAAGAACAUUGAAACAAGGAACAAGUAGCAAUUCUUGAUGUUUACUUAGUGAUGUCUCGGCUCAAUCACCAGCGACUGUUCAUCAACGAGCGUUAGGUUGGAACAUGAAAGUUCAGAAAGACAGACAUUGGGGCCUGCUAUGAACGACUAGCAUCCCGUUAGAGUUUGCUAGGGUUAGAAGCAGGCUUAUUGAGACAGCUUGGAUUUUUAGCCACUUGCAGUCUUCACUACGAUUGACAAGUCUGCCAAUAUUGCUUCGAAUACCUAGAUCCUUGCCUGUAGCGAGGUCCACUUCUCGACGACCACCGCAAUCUACAUCACAGCAACACUUCGCUACCUAGGGAUGACUAGGAACUACCAUUUUGUCUUGGCUGGCUUGUCCACUUCACCCAAGAAUAACAGAAUUGGGUAACGGAUCUAAAGGCUGAACAGCAUGGCCAAGGUUGACAACACCUGAUAAGACUUGAGAGAAUUUAAGCUCUCCUGCCAUCCGCCGAGUAGUAAAGAUCGCUAGGGCCUGAAAGGCAGCUUGGGGACCAUGGGCAUCCCAUGUAUCGAUUAGGCAGGUCUUGU